ACCAUGCCCCGCGGCGCUCUGAUCGUGCUCGAAGGCCUCGACCGCUCCGGCAAAUCGACGCAAGUCUCCCGCCUCGUCUCCCGCCUCAACGCGGCAGGCCACCGCGCGCGCCUGCAAAAGUUCCCUGACCGCACCACGCCGAUAGGCGGCAUGAUCGACGCGUACCUCCGCUCCGCGAGCGAGCUGGACGACCGCGCGGUCCACCUCCUCUUCUCGGCCAACCGCUGGGAAUGCCACGCGGCGAUUGAGAGGGACCUCGCGCAGGGGGUGACGGUCGUUGUGGACCGGUACGCGUUUUCGGGGAUCGCGUUUUCGGCGGCCAAGGGCCUAGACUUCACCUACUGCCUGUCCCCCGACACGGGCCUCCCCCUCCCCGACGCAACGCUCUACCUCACCCUCUCGCCCGAGACCGCGUCCCGGCGCGGCGCGUACGGUGCGGAGCGGUACGAAAACGUGGACACGCAAACGGCCGUGCGCGCGCAGUUUGCCAAAGUCGCAGAGGAGGUGGGGCGGCGGCACGGCGACGCGCGCUGGGUCGAAGUCAGUGCGGAGGGGAGCGUGGAGGAGGUGGAGCGGGAUAUUUGGGGGGUCGUGGAGGACGUCGUGCGGCGUGUCGGCGACGAGCCGGUCGGGCGGUUGUGGGAGUAGGUCGAGUGAUGCACUGGCGGGGGCGAUGGCGAUAGAUGCUGAUGAGUUGCGAUGAGCUCUCGUUUCUGGCACCGGGCGCUGGCUGGUAUACAGGCAGGACGUGGACUCGGGUGAUUUGACAGACUUGGUGUGGUUGCGUCAUGGUCUAUCCAUCCAUGGCCUCUGAGACGCGGUUGCGAGAUUCUGUCCAGCCCUCAGUCAUCCGGUGGAUGGUGGAGUGGAUUGCGAGCUCGUCCUGCGCAAUACUGCGAGACGCCGUACAACG